AUGUCCGCCCCCAACCCCGGCCGCCAAUCCCCCUCUCCCGAGCGCCAAUCCGGCGCCCAGCAACAGGACCCUCCCUCGCAGGGCAAAGCCCAGCCUCAAUAUGCGCCGCCCGAACACGAAGUCCAAGAUCAGGCAGCCCAGACGGCUGGUUUGUCGAGUAACCCCAAGCAUCCGUUGGAGGAUAUAGAGAGGAUGAUGGGGGUUAAAGAAUCCGGAAGUGAAAUGUAUUUAUGA